CGGCGCGCAGCCCCGCGCGGGCCGUGACGUGUCCCCGCGGGUGAGGCCGCGGCUCGGGCAGGAAGCGAGCGCGGCGGAACAGCCGGGCCCGAGCGGGGUCCCGGGGGCGCCAUGGGGGCCCCCCGCGAGCGGCGCCAGGUGCUGGCCGCCAUCCGCGCCGAGGUGGCCCGGCACGAGGGGGCCAAGGGCCACCUGAACCGCCUGGUGCGGCUGGUGGAGACCGUGCCGGAGCCGCAGCUGCGCCGCAGCCUGAGCAGCGCCCUGCGGGCCCUCCGAGAGGCCUUGGUGAACAGCCAGGAGUGGACGCUGGGCCGCUCUAUCCCCGAGAUCCGCCUGGGGGUCCUGGGCAGCAGCAAGAGCGGGAAGUCGGCGCUCGUCCAUCGGUUCCUCACUGGCUCCUAUGUGGGCUUGGAGCCCACCGAGAGUGGCCAGUUCAAGCGUGAGGUGACAGUGGAUGGCCAGAGCCACCUCCUGCUCAUCCGGGAGGAGGCGGGCGCCCCGGAUGCACAGUUUGCCAGCUGGGCGGACGCCGUCAUCUUCGUCUUCAGCCUGGAGAGCGAGAGCAGCUUCGAGGAGGUGGCGCAGCUGCACGCGCUGCUCUGCGACCUCCGCGGCACCAGCGACGUGGCCCUGGCGCUGGUGGGCACGCAGGACAAGAUCAGCUCGUCCAGCCCGCGGGCGGUGGAGGACGCGCGCGCCCGGGCGCUCUGCGGGGACAUGCGGCGCUGCCUCUACUACGAGACCUGCGCCACCUACGGCCUCAACGUGGACCGGGUCUUCACCGAGGUGGCCCAGAAGGCCGUGGCGCUGAAGAAGCAGCAGCAGCUGAUGGCGUCCUGCAAGUCCCUGCCCAGCUCCCCGAGCCACUCUGCCGCCUCCACCCCCGUGGGGGGCGUCCACCCCAGCCAGACCAGCAACGGGGGCCACACCAGCGACUACUCGUCCUCGCUGCCCUCCACGCCCAACGUGAGCCACCGGGAGCUGCGCAGCGAGACCCCGGCCCCGCUGGGCACGCCCGGCUCGCUGCACCGCGGGGCCAAGCGCCGCACCAGCCUCUUCGCCACGCGCCGUGGCAGCGACUCCGAGAAGCGCAGCCUGGACAGCCGAGGCGAGGUGGCCGGCAGUGGCCGGGCCAUCCCCAUCAAGCAGAGCUUCCUGCUGAAGCGCAGCGGCAACUCCCUGAACAAGGAGUGGAAGAAGAAAUACGUGACCCUGUCCAGCAACGGCCUCCUCUUCUACCACCCCAGCAUCAACGACUACAUCCACAGCACGCACGGCAAGGAGAUGGACCUGCUCCGCACCACGGUCAAGGUGCCCGGCAAGCGCCCGCCGCGCGCCAUCUCCGCCUGCGGCCCCUCGGCCAGCAUCAACGGGCUGCUGCGGGACCCCGAGCCGGGCGGCGGCGUCCCCUCGGUGGGGCUGAGCCUGCCCCCCGAGCCAGGGCUGAAGGUGGUGGGCAAGGGGUCCCUGCAGCGCUGCGCCUCCGCCUCGGGCGCCAAGCUCGCCUCAGAGUCCCCGUUGUCCUUCGAGGCCGUGCCCAGCCCCGGCAGCGCGGGCAGGGACCCUCCUCCCUCGCCGCUGGUGGACAGGAAGAAGCACCGGCGGAAGAAGCUGAUGACGCCGUCCAAGACCGAGGGCUCGGGUGGGCAGGCAGAAGCCAAGCGCAAAAUGUGGAAAUUAAAAAGUUUUGGUAGUUUAAGAAAUAUUUAUAAAACAGAGGAGGAGAACUUUGAGUUCCUGAUCGUGUCCAGCACGGGGCAGACGUGGCACUUCGAGGCCGGCAGCUUCGAGGAGCGCGACGCGUGGGUGCAGGCCAUCGAGAGCCAGAUCCUGGCCAGCCUGCAGUGCUGCGAGAGCAGCAAGAACAAGGCGCGCAUGGACAGCCAGAGCGAGGCCGUGGCCAUCCAGGCCAUCCGCAACGCCCGCGGGAACUCGCUCUGCGUGGACUGCGGGGCACCCAACCCCACGUGGGCCAGCCUGAACCUGGGCGCCCUGAUCUGCAUCGAGUGCUCGGGCAUCCACCGCAACCUGGGCACGCACGUGUCGCGCGUGCGCUCGCUGGACCUGGACGAUUGGCCGCGGGAGCUGACCCUGGUGCUCACGGCCAUCGGCAACGCCACGGCCAACAGCAUCUGGGAGCAGAACCCGCGCGGCCGCUGCAAGCCCACCCACGAGUCCUCCCGGGAGGAGAGGGAGUCGUGGAUCCGUGCCAAGUACGAGCAGCGGCUGUUCCUGGCGCCGCUGCCCGCGGCCGAGGCGCCGCUGGCCGAGCGGCUGCGGGGGGCCGUGGGCCAGCAGGACCUGCCCGCCGUGCUGCUGCUGCUGGCCCACAGCCACAAGGAGCAGCUCAACGUGCCCACGGCCGACGCGGAGCGGCGCACGGCGCUGCACCUGGCCUGCGACACCGCCCAGGUGGUGGUCACCCAGCUGCUGGUGUGGUACGGGGCCGACGUGCGCGCCCGGGACGGUCACGGCCGCACCGCGCUGUUCUACGCCCUC